CUUCUUUGCUCCUCUACUCUUUUUCUUUUUUCUUUGGACUCUAUUUUCUUUCCAUAUUAUUUUUAUACUAAGAGUGGUUGAGGUUUACAGCCUGUAUACGAAAUACGCUUCUUUUGCUGCUUUUAUUUUUAUAUAAUGUUGCAGGAGAAGUACAUUGGGCUCAUUCUCGCAAUGAGUUCAAGCGUGUUCAUCGGUCUUUCUUUCAUUAUCACAAAGAAGGGUCUCAUUAAUGUGAAGCAACAGCAUCAUGGAGCCUCAGCGGCUGAUGGACAAUAUCAUUAUCUCCGAAAUUGGACAUGGUGGGCUGGCAUGGGAACAAUGGCCGUGGGUGAAGUUCUGAAUUUUUCGGCGUACUCGUUUGCACCUCCGAUUCUUGUAACACCGCUUGGUGCGCUGAGUGUCAUUACGGGAGCUAUUUUUGCCUCUGUGUUUUUAAAGGAGAAGAUGGGAUCCAUUGGGAAAAUAGGUUGCCUGUUAUCAGUGGUGGGAGCGGUCAUUGUUGUCGUCCAUGCACCAGAAGACAAAGAAGUUACAUCGAUCGAGGAGCUGUUGUUUUAUGCCUUGCAGCCAGCCUUUCUCAUUUAUGUGAUGGUGGUGAUUUCGAUCAGCCUAUAUAUGAUCUAUAAAGUGGUACCGAAAUACGGCAAGAAAAACCCAUUUGUGUACAUUUCGAUCUGCUCGUUAGUCGGCUCGGUAUCUGUGAUGGCAAUCAAAGCUUUUGGUAUUGCGGUCAAGCUAACGUUUGCCGGCAACAAUCAAUUUACACACCCGUCGACUUACGCCUUUGGUAUCGUGGUGGCCAUUUGUAUUUUAACACAAAUGAAUUACUUUAACAAGGCAUUGGAACAAUUCUCCACCAAUGUUGUCAAUCCUAUUUAUUUUUGCUGCUUUACAACAGCCACCCUUACAGCCUCUGUUAUUUUAUUCCGAGGAUUCAACACGGACAAUCCGGGCAAUAUCGUGUCGCUGAUCUGUGGAUUCAUCAUCAUCAUUUCUGGUGUAUACCUAUUGGACUCCAUUGCUCAAGGCGCAGGCGCCGAACGCAAAAACGAUCUGGAAGCCGAUUUGCGGGAUAGCGAUGAUGAUGAUGAAAGCACGCAGUUGCUGAUGGGCGAAUCCACCUUGACGGAGGAUGAUCAAGCCAUGGGGUUAACCGAAUUCACAUCAGGGCAAACAACGGCCACUCGUACCUGAAGGUCACCCAUCAUUUUUUGAAACUAGCGGAUAGAUUCGAUCGCAGAUGCCUCCACCACAACAUACAUUUUACACAUUGUAUCAUUCGUAAUUAUAUCAUGCCUAUACAAUUGCU